UGUAACAGGAUACAUGGUUUACAGCAGGCCACUAAUGCUGGAAAAAGUACAGAGUCCAGGGAAAGACUUACUUGUAACUUUCUGAAUUCUUGGAUUUUUUUUUUUUUUUUGCAAUUUUUUAAACUUUCACUAAGGGAUACUGUAGUCUGAUGUGUCCUACCGAGGACUACAAAAUUUGACAAGCUCUACCCUUUCUUAUGCUCAAUGAUUUCUGCUUUAAGCCAAAGGACCACCUAUAAUUUUACUAAGAAUGUCUUCUAAUUCGGAUACUGGAAAUUUACAAGAUUCUCUAAAGCGCGGACUUACACCUAUUGGUGCUGGGCUUCCGGACGGACACGGACCCCCUAUCCCCGCCCGCGGCCGCCUUGUCAUGCUGCCCAAAGUGGAGACGGAAGCCCUGGGACUGGCUCGAUCGCAUGGGGAACAGGGGCAGAUGCCGGAAAACAUGCAAGUGUCUCAGUUUAAAAUGGUGAAUUACUCCUAUGAUGAAGAUCUUGAAGAGCUCUGCCCGGUGUGUGGAGAUAAAGUGUCUGGAUACCAUUAUGGGCUCCUCACCUGUGAAAGCUGCAAGGGAUUUUUUAAGCGAACAGUCCAAAAUAAUAAAAGGUACACAUGUAUAGAAAACCAGAACUGCCAAAUUGAUAAAACACAGAGAAAGCGUUGUCCUUACUGUCGAUUUCAAAAAUGUCUAAGUGUUGGAAUGAAGCUAGAAGCGGUAAGGGCUGACCGAAUGCGCGGGGGAAGGAAUAAAUUUGGGCCAAUGUACAAGAGAGACAGGGCCCUAAAGCAACAGAAAAAAGCCCUCAUCCGAGCCAAUGGACUUAAGCUAGAAGCCAUGUCUCAGGUGAUCCAAGCAAUGCCCUCUGAGCUCACCAUCUCUUCUGCCAUUCAGAACAUCCAUUCUGCCUCCAAAGGCCUACCUCUGAACCACGCUGCCUUGCCUCCUACAGACUAUGACAGAAGUCCCUUUGUAACAUCCCCCAUUAGCAUGACAAUGCCACCUCAUGGCAGCCUGCAAGGUUACCAAACAUACAGUCACUUUCCUAGCCGGGCCAUCAAGUCUGAGUACCCAGAUCCCUACACCAGCUCACCAGAGUCAAUAAUGGGCUAUUCCUACAUGGAUAGUUACCAGACGAGCUCCCCGGCAAGCAUCCCACAUCUGAUACUGGAACUUCUGAAGUGUGAGCCAGAUGAGCCUCAAGUCCAGGCUAAAAUCAUGGCCUAUUUGCAGCAAGAACAAGCUAACCGAAGCAAGCACGAAAAGCUGAGCACGUUUGGGCUUAUGUGCAAAAUGGCUGAUCAAACCCUCUUCUCUAUUGUUGAGUGGGCCAGGAGUAGUAUCUUCUUCAGAGAACUUAAGGUUGAUGACCAAAUGAAGCUGCUUCAGAAUUGCUGGAGUGAGCUCUUAAUUCUCGACCACAUUUACCGACAAGUGGUACAUGGAAAGGAAGGAUCCAUCUUCCUGGUUACUGGGCAACAAGUGGAUUAUUCCAUAAUAGCGUCCCAAGCCGGGGCCACCCUCAACAAUCUCAUGAGUCAUGCACAGGAGUUAGUGGUAAAGCUUCGCUCUCUACAGUUUGAUCAACGAGAGUUUGUGUGUCUGAAAUUCUUGGUGCUCUUUAGUUUAGAUGUCAAAAACCUUGAGAACUUCCAGCUGGUAGAAGGUGUCCAGGAACAAGUCAAUGCCGCCCUGCUGGACUAUACUAUGUGCAACUACCCACAGCAAACAGAGAAAUUCGGGCAGCUACUUCUUCGACUACCCGAAAUCCGGGCCAUCAGCAUGCAGGCUGAAGAAUACCUCUACUAUAAGCAUCUGAAUGGGGAUGUGCCCUAUAAUAACCUCCUUAUUGAAAUGUUGCAUGCAAAAAGAGCUUAGGUUCCAACCCCUAAAAGCUCUGCUUUCAAAACAAAAAGAGAUUGGUGGGGGAAAAAAGAAGAACAGGAAGAAAAGAAAAAAAAAUACUCUGAACUGCUCCAAGCAACACUAAUUAAAAACUUGGUUUAAAGAUAUUGAGUUUAAAAAGGCAUAAUAAUCAAAUACUUAAUAGCAAAUAAAUGAUGUAUCAGGGUAUUUGUAUUGCAAACUGUGAAUCAAAGGCUUCACAUCCCCAAAGGAUUCCAUAUAAAAGACAUUGUAACGGAGUGGAUUGAACUCACAGAUGGAUACCAACCCCAUAUCGGAAUGAAAAUGGACAGAACAAUUCUUGUAUAUUUAAACUGAUCUCCGCUGUGAAGAAAUUUAGGAACUGAUCUGUGUUAUUAAUUAGGCUUAUACAGCAGGGGAUUUGAGCUUACAGAAUGCCUCCAUGGUAAAGCUGAACUAAAACAACUCAAAAAAUCCAUCGGCUGCACCUGUAAUAGCCCUUCCUUCUUCCUUUCAAGGACCCAGCACCUUCUGUCCUAUGAUCACGGAAUCUGUCCUUACAGACUUGUGCUCAGCCACACCCACUAGUAGCUCCACCAAAUCAUGAAAAGCCUAAUUUUGAAUGUCUACGUCUUAGACCUGCAAACAGCUAAUAAGAACAGUCUACAAUAUGUUAGCUUGCCAUUUGAAAUAUGUUCUGGUUUGUUUUGUCAUGUGUUCAUGUUAAAAAAAAAAAAAGCAGACAGUAUCCCUCUUCUGAUCUUAUAUAAGCAUUAAUUAAUAUUAAGGGAAAGGAGUACAAAUUUAAAGCAAAUGCUCCAUAGCUAAAGCAAGCUAGACCUUAUUUCUGCUAUUGUUACUGAAAUGUGGCUUUGGCGUUGUCAGAUUUCAUAAAAAUUUCUUGCCAAAAGGCUUAUUGGGGUACAUUCGUCUUUUUGAACCAUCCAAGUUUGUAGUUCAUUUGAAAAUAAAACCUGAAACAUAUUUUACUUGGAUGUCAAAUAGUCACAGUGCUAAGUAGUUUAAAAUAAAACCGAAGCAUGUUAAGCUAUGCAAAAAAGAAAGAAAAAGGUGAGCUAAUAAAUUGCCUCAAGUCUCCGGCUUGUUGCAGUUGAACAUCCCCUAAACAUAGAACGGCAACAGUGAUUCCUACAUAUGGACUGGAAAGAUACUAAAGCAAUUCCAAUCUUCCCCAAAAGGGAAAGGAAGAGAGUGAUACUGACCUUUCUGAGUCAUAGACCAAAGUCUGCUCUAGAACAAAUACUGAAGGACAAAGAAUUGCAAAACAAACUCUCCAAACGAUAGCAGUAUUAUUGACAUGUAAUGCCACAGGUAUGGAAGUCUUGCCUUAUUUCACAAUUCUGAGAGGUAGCUGUGCAGAUGUGGAUCAACAUUUGUCUAAAAUAAAGUAUUAAUACUUUCAAGUCAAAUAAAAGAUAGUGUUUACAUUCUUUAGGUCCUGUGGGGGGAGGGGGGAAACUGUGAUAUUACAAAAUAGCUAAAGCAGUAAUUUCCUUAAUGUUAUUUUUCUGAUUGGUAAUUAUUUUUAACAGUACUUAAUUAUUGUAUGUCGUGAGACACUAAAAUCAACAAUGGGAAUCUCAUUUAGACUUUGAUUUUUUUGAGAUUAUCAGCGGCACAAUCACUUGUAAAAACUGUAAAAACUAAAAGUAUCUCCUAGUCCCUUAAUUUUUUCAUAAAUGUUUCAGGCUUUUGAAUAGUUUAUUUAUAUUGUAUAUCAUAGUUUCAACUGUAGACAAUUAUGAUGCUAAUUUAUUGUUCCUUGGUUUCACCUUUGUAUAAGAUAUAGCCAAGACUGAAGAAACCAAAUAUAUGUGUUUACUGUAGCAUGUCUUCAAGUUAGCGGAACAUAGUUCAGGGACAGAGAAGGGUCUUAAUGAAUUAAAAUCAUUCACUUGAUUAAAUGUCUGUAAAUCUUCAUAAUUCUUACUGUAGUUUAUUUAAUAUCUAUUGUAAAUUAUGUGACUUAGAGUUUCCUCUGUUUCCAAGUAAAUUUAACGAGGGUAGAGUCUUCCCUGGUUUCCUUUACAAGCGUUGUAAGUUGUAUACCAAAGAUAUUAGUUACUACUUCUGUGUGUACAAAAAGGAUUAUUUUAUUAUUUUUUUAAUCACCUCUAAUAUUCGUCCACAUGAAGGGUACACAUUUGCUAAGCUGAGUGUCCACAGCUUCUCAUGCAGUCUCAGUCACCUGUCAUCGCAGCUCAAAGGACAAUGAAAAACAGCUGAUCAGAGUCAAUGUCCCAAGCAUUAAAUAGACUGGCGGCAUCCUUACCCUCCCCACUUAAAAACCAAGUUGGCUAGAAGACAUGUGGGGAAGAAUGGGUGUUGUUAACAGUUACUGAAGUGGUUGCAUCCUGCAUGUGGAACAUGGGUGGCGGCAAUUAUGAGAUUGGUGGGAUGGUUAAUUGGAGGGUCUUUAACACUGCAAAAAAAAAAAACAAACAAACCCUAAAUACCUUCAUUCUGAAAGUCCAUGUUUUCUUAUUUUAAAUAAUACAGUAGUACUCUCCCCUGAAAAUUAAACCUAAGAAAUGUCAAUUACUGGUAUGUUGUUAACCUAGCAAAUUCCAUCCUAAGUAUAGUUAGAAAGAUGGGCAACACGGAGAGUUACAUCCACACUCCUGCUGACAUCAAGAACAGAAGUUGAUAAACAAGAAUGUACCACAGCCAACAUCUGUGGCCCAUCCAAAGUUGGCAAAUGAAAUUUCUCUAGUGCUCAUUGUUAACCAGUCUGUCACGAGACAUUUCCUUAGCAACUGCCUUAUCAAUUACAGGAUUUAUUAGUAAAAGCAGACUCAAAUACAAACAUUUUUGGCUUAGCGUGGCUUAUUAUAGUUGGUCUAUGUUUGUAAACAGACAAUCUGUAGUGUCUGAACAUUUGUAUUACAGAUCUGCAGCUACCUUGGACCUGAAUCCAUGCAAUGUUUAGAGUGUGAAGUCGGUUACUUGUUGGCGUUUUCUUACUGUAUCAGUGAAAUACAUAUUGUCAUGUCAGUUCUUGCCAGGAAUUUCUCGACAAAAUGGAUUUUUUUUUUCAGUAUUUCAAUAAAUAUUGAUAUGCCCAGCCUGA